UACGCCAACGCGUAGUGCGCCUCCUCGUCGUCGAUUUUCGUCGCUUCGCGCGUUCGCGUCUCCCGAGCCGUGGAGAGGGUCCCGUAUUUUCCCGAGCGCCUCCCGGAGGGACAACCCACUUCUCUCUCUCUCUCUCUCUCGCGAGAAAAAAAAUUAUACAAAUCUAUGCAUUAGCGCGCGACCGGGCGACCCGGAACGGAGGAGCGUCAGGACGCGACGUCGACCCAUAUAUUUUUCUACACCUCCGCGAGAAGGGCCAUGUAACCCUAAUGUCAGUGAAGUGUAACAAAUGGAAGGUUUUAAGGUGAAAGAUGAACCGAUGGAUGCAUUAGCCAUAGACAGUCAGGUUAUGGAUGAGAACAUUGUGAGCGUCGUGCUUAAGGAGGAACCAGGUGACAGAUUUGAUCCAGACUACAUGGAGGAUAUUUGCUCCAGCACUUUCGACAAGGGCACUUUAUUUUUGCCUAUCGAAAACAAUGAGGUGGACUUCUCCAACGAAAUGGUAAAGUUAGAGCUGGAAGGGGAAUCUACCAGCCAUCAGAACUGGGCGGCUCAGAUAGCGAGCGCGAAUUUGUGCGACAAGGAGGAUGGUGUAAUGCAACGAUGUUUGGCGAACGCGCAGAAUUUUAUACAGGCGCAGGACCCGGACAAGCAGCAACAGCAACAGCAGCAGCAGCAGCAGCACGGGUUCUGUCAGAACGGUCAGCAGCCCAAGUUUUACAAAAUACAAUGCUCAAUUUGCAAGAAAUGGUUUCUGAACAAUGACUCUAUGGUGACGCAUCUGAAGAUGCACUGCAGCGGCAGCCAGUGCGAGGUCUGCCAGCAGAGCUUUUCCGACAACGGCAGCCUGCACGCCCACAUGUUGACUCACGUCGGCAUGAGCCCUUUAGAGUGUCACAUCUGUCAGAAGAGAUUCGCCUACAAGUUAAACCUGCGAAAUCACGUGCAGCUUCACAUGCUGGACAAAUCGUACGACUGUGACGCGCUGCAGCAGGCCUUCAUGAAGCGGGCGGGCCUGAACACCGAGCAGAUGUUGGACGACCGAUUCUACGAGUGCGACGUCUGUCACGUGACGUUCAAGGAGAAGCUGAAUCUGAACCGGCACAUGUCCACGCACAACACGACGGACAGGCCGCAUAAGUGCGCGGUCUGCUUCGAGGCGUUCAAGGAGAAGGCGAAGCUGAACAUGCAUCUGCCGCUGCACGCGGUCAGCAACAAACAUUUCAAGUGCACCCUCUGUCACAGAUCCUUCGCCCAGAAGACGGCGCUGAGCAAUCACAUGCUCGCCCACAGCGGCGAGAAGCCGCACGCCUGCAACAUCUGCGAGAAGACGUACAAGAGGAAGUCGGAGCUGAUCAGGCACACGAUGGUGCACACGGGCGAGAGACCGUACGAGUGCAAGGAGUGCCUGAUGACCUUCCGGGAGAAGGCGAAGCUGAACUCGCACAUGCUCGUGCACACGGGCGAAAAACCGCACGAGUGCCACAUCUGUCACAAGGCCUGCGCGCGCAAAUCCGACCUGAACUCGCACAUGCUGCUGCACACGGGCGGCCAGUACGACUGCAAGGUCUGCGACAAGAUCUUCACGAGGAAGUCUGAUCUGAACAGGCACACCCUGAUACACACCGGCGAGAAGCCGUUCGCCUGCAACAUGUGCGACAUGGCGUUCCGGGAGAAGACGAGACUGAACUCGCACAUGCUCAUACACACUGGGGACAAGCGGCACGCCUGCCACAUCUGCCAGAAGACGUUCAAGGAGAAGUCUUCGUUGCGGAAACACAUGUUAAGUCACACCGGGGACCGGCCGUACGAGUGCUACGUGUGUCACAAGGCCUUCACCCAGAAGACGACGUUGAACAGUCACAUUAUGGUACACGCGGGCGAGAGACCCUUCGAGUGCACCACCUGUCAGAAGAUAUUCAAGGACAAGGCGGCGCUGAAGAAGCACCUCGCGAUGCACGUUAACGAGAAGACCCACGAAUGUCUUAUAUGUAUGAAGAAGUUCGCUCACAAAGCGGCGCUAAAUAGUCACCUGUCCACGAGCCACAUAUCCUAACUACACGGAUCUAGUCUAUUACGGAUCUUUCUGUUUCCUUUAACAUUGAGCACCGUAUGUUUGUAGUUGUAUAGCGUAUUUCCAUGAUUACACCCCUCGCCCCAUCCCUGUUUUAUAUGCUGAUAAAGUCGUAUUUUUUCCUGUGUAUGGAGAAGUAAUAAAUUAAUUUUUAAAUAA